GGCUGAAACUCUGCCUUGGGGGACUGAAAUGCUCAACUCCCUUCCCGCAAAGCGAGUCCCAGCCGGACGGCGGCGGCGGAGGGUCCCGGUCAGCCGGGGGAGCUGCCCUGCGGACUGGCGUACCCCGCCGGCGGGGAGUGCCUCGUUCCCCUGCCGCCCUCCCGUUCGCCCGCGCCGCGGUGGCGGAAGGCCGCCGGGGCCGGGGAGGAGGGGCGGCGGGCCAGGCGCCCGCAGUCGUGCAGCCCGGGGUGGGGCCCUGCCCGCCGCCGUCGCUUGUCGCCGCCAUGAGCGCCGGGCAGGCCGUGGGGGAGGCGGCGGGCGCCGGGGCGCCGUCGGCGCUGCCCAGGGUGCUCUCGGCCAUCUUCUACGGGACGUGCUCCUUCCUCAGCGUGCUGGUCAACAAGGCCCUGCUGAGCGCCUACAGCUUCCCAUCACCAAUGUUUCUUGGAAUUGGACAGAUGGCAGCCACUAUAUUUAUCUUGUAUGUGUCAAAACUAAGUAAGAUUGUUCACUUCCCCGAUUUUGACAAAAGUAUACCUGUGAAGUUGUUUCCUCUGCCUCUGAUUUAUGUUGGGAACCAUAUAAGUGGAUUAUCAAGUACCAGCAAACUCAGUUUGCCGAUGUUUACAGUGCUAAGGAAGUUUACCAUUCCACUUACUUUACUGCUGGAAAUCAUCAUACUUGGGAAACGAUACCCACUGAGUAUUAUAGUCAGCGUAUUUGCCAUCAUUCUUGGGGCUUUCAUAGCAGCUGGGUCUGAUCUGUCUUUUAAUCCGGAGGGCUACACAUUUGUAUUGCUAAAUGAUGUCUUCACAGCAGCAAAUGGAGUUUACACAGAACAGAAGAUCAAUCCAAAGGAGUUGGGAAAAUAUGGUGUCCUUUUCUAUAAUGCUUGUUUCAUGGUGCUUCCAACAGCUAUUAUUAGUUUUUCUACUGGAGACUUUCAGCAGGCAACACAUUUCCAACACUGGACAAAUUUUUUAUUUGUCUUUCAAUUUCUUCUUUCCUGCUUGUUGGGGUUUCUCUUGAUGUAUUCUACUGUCCUAUGCAGUCAUUACAAUUCUGCGCUUACAACGACAGUAGUUGGUGCCAUCAAGAAUAUAUCCAUUGCUUACAUUGGAAUGUUGAUUGGUGGAGAUUACAUAUUCUCCAUGUUAAACUUUAUAGGGCUAAAUAUUUGUAUGGCAGGAGGACUGAGGUACUCCUUUUUAACCUUAAGAGGAAGCAGCAAGCCUGUGCAACCUCGGGAUGAAGAGAGUGCGCUUUCUGAGUCAAAGAGUUAGCCAAAAUGCCUGCCCUGAAAGACACUGAAGAUACAAGUUUGUUUGGCAUUGCUGAGAACUUGAAUAGCGUACGCUGGAACAUACUUGGAACAAGAAAAAAAAUCUACCUCAAUUGCCACAGAUGUGCACACAACUCAUUGGUUCAGAAAUAUUCUUGUACACCAUGUUGUUUACACGCAGAAGAGUUUAAUUUUAGCUUUUUUUUUACACCAUUAGCUGAUUUAUAGGAAGGAAUGCCAUCAGCAAAUCUCAAGUUGUAAAUUCCUUCAUUUACCUGUACUUUGGUGCUAUUCAUUCUGUUUCAGUGCCUGCCAGUACUCUCUGAGGCAAAGCUGCCUAUAAAGAUCAUGAGGCUUGAUUCACCAUUGCCUUAUGCCAUAGGCAAUCUUUGAUAUCACUGCAAUUAUGAAAGAUGCUAGUGAUUCAGAAUGACUUCACGUAUGCAUUUUGUUUUUGUGUAAGUGACUGUAGAACAUAUGGGGCAAAGGGGAGAUGCCCCCCAAGUUUGUUCCCUGUGUAAGUGUUGACUAAUGAAUUGGGGAUAUGGCCUAGUGUGUUCAGUAUGCAUAGUGUAGACAUCCUCUCUCAGUCUUUUCCUCAUCCUCAAUAACAUAAUAGUGUUCCGCUGUAAUUGUCGCUGUUGCCAUAAAUGAACCCUCAUAACUUUGCGGGGGGAUCAAGGAGAGAAGGAAAUUGAGAGAAGUAUUUUGUAUUUUGAAAUAUUUUUUUGUGUGAACCAGUACCAAACAGGUAAUUAGGAGAGAGAACAAAAGUAAAUGUAUUUUUGUUUGGGUACAUUCAUCUUUCUAUAUCACAGUCCCCUCCUCUGAUGUUUUGUCUGUUAAUUAUCUUUUAAUGCUGCAGAAAAGUGAUGCUACUGUAUACAAUCUACAAGAGUAGAAACUGAUCAAUAUAUGGGAGACUAACUUGUGUUCAAAUGAGGAGAAAGGAUCAGUGUCUUGUGUCAUAUAUAUGCAGCGAAAACUUAUCUGGUAUCUUAUCAUGCCUAAAAUUUAGAGUAAGGAAUUGUAACAAGCCCAAGGAGUUGCUACAGAGGCAAGGCUGCUCCAGCGGUCAAAAAAAAGAAGUCUGGAAUCUGAUUGUUUGGGUUAUGAUCUGGGACAACAAUGGGACUGCUUUGUAUCUUUAGUCCCUUUUCUGAAAAUACAGCUGAUAACGCUUACCUGUGUCUUUAAGGAUAUAGCAUUUAUCUUUGAAAACUCUGUAGAAGCCUUGCAGCACUGGAGGAUAGCAGAGUAAUGAAUCUUGUUGAAGUUUUCAACUCCCUGCAAGCCUGAGCCAAGAUUUUUUAAAAUAAUAAAAGAAGAUUUUAGAAAACCAUGACAUGGUACCAGGGUGAUCUAAUGACUUGUUUUAUCCCUGCUUGAAUUAAAAUACAGCUAGGUCUGUAAAGCAUUUACUCAUUAUGUGAAGGAUCGGACUGGAUUAGAUCUAAGAAAUAUGUGAGUAACUCACACCAGAAGCUUUGGGGAAUGACUGGGCUUCCCACUGCCUGCAUGGAUUUCAGUGGCAAGGGGAGGAGUGACUGCAAAUAUUAGAAGUGGAAUUUAAGGGCACAGUCAAAUAUUUUAGAGAGAUGUUCUGUUUUUAAAGGUUUCCUGUGUCCUUAAAAAGCCUUUGAUAUUUUUGAGUGUAUUCUUUUAUAGGGUUCCUCUUUCUCCAGAUCAUCUCUACCUCCAGAAUCCUAAUUACUGAACCUCAUCUCUCUGCAGUGGGACAAGAAAUUGGAAGGCUUUCAUUAAUCACGAAAAGGUUAUGGGAGCCAUUUGAUUGCAAUAUGAAUGGACACGUAAUGGCACCUGCUGUUCCACAAAGGAACUGCUACUGUAUGCAUUUAAUUAAUUAAUAUUUUGCUGUACCUUUUAUAAAUAAAGAGAUGCAGGUUAUAGUUUUAACAAGUUUUUUGGUUUUUGUGUGGAUGGGCAUGUAAAAUGCUUUUAAGUACACAUGGAUAGCAUGAAUAUUUACUUUCUAUACGAUCUACUGUUAUAUUGUACUUGAAGUAGUUUCAUUAGUUCAUUCUGUACUGUAGUGGAAGUGAUUUUGUUUAAUUCAUUGUUCAUGUCAUGUUUUUGAAGUCCUUCAGGCUUAGACUUCUCACCUAAGAUACAGACCCGAUUCCCAAAGUCUUUAUAAUAAUAUUACUCAGAAUAAUUUAAAUUAUUAAUUUAGGAAUAACCAAAAGUAGGUAUUAUCUAGACGAAAUUGCAAGUGCUUGCAUCCUUUCACAAAGCAAAUCGGCUUCAGUCACUUACUAUUUUCGUCUGUAUCCAAGGGGAUAAUAUUGAUUCCAGUAACUUUGCUGGUUGAACUUCUGUGAAUAUGGGCUCAAACAGGCACAACUCUCAUGUUAGAAUUUAGACACUUAUGGAAGUGGCUAUUUCAUUCAGAACCUCAGUAACUGUGUCUUUCAGUUAAUGAAAUAGUAAUUUUAAACUGAUUUAUCUUAGGAUACAUCUGUAGGUAGUCCUAACCUUAUUUUUUCUACAGAUUUUGUAUGAGCUUAAUGAAAUAUUAAAACAGUUGUAAAACUAGAUAAUUUACUCGCUGUGUGAGGCUUCAUUUUCUUUUCUUCCUUUGGAAAAAUGUUAAAAAAUGUUAGAGAAAACAUUAGUCUUCAGAAUACAGAUUUAAAAGAAUGAUUAAGUAGUCUAGUUUUAAGAAAUACUGGAUUUACUUCUGAAAGUCGCAUUCCCUCACAUGAGUGUCUUGUGGUCACAUGCUGUUAGCUACAGAACUUGAUUUUCAGAAGUCAGUCCAAUACUUUUAAACUUUUUUAAGUUUUACAGGUGGCAAGGUGUAUUUACAAGGCAACAUACAAAGAAACUUAAAAGCAGUAACUGUAUUGGAAAGGAAUAUUUUACUGUACAUUGAACUGUUCAUACUCUUACAGGGAUUGUUUAGCAGUGGGCUAGCUGUAAUGGAAUUAGAUUAAAAUGCAAAAGUACAGUGAUUACGCAAAGAAGUGUUCCACCCAUGCAAUGUGUAAGAUUCUUGCAGUGAUCCCUGUGAGAGUCAGAGAAGCAAUACCUCAGGAAAAAACUUAGUCUGGGCUGGAUAAACAAUUCUUCACAUUCAUAAGAAUCUAUUAUUUUUCCUCUCAGUAUCUUGGCCUGAUUUACAAAUACUAGGCCAAUGAAGUACUGUAAGUGUAUCUCAGCCUCCGGAAAAGAAAGAAGGGAGCAUGGGCAGAACUGGAAGUGCAAAAGAAAAGACUAGCAGCCAUGAAAAUUUGCAUUUUGUCAAAUAGAAGUGCUAUUGUUUCUUUUUCAUUUAAAGGAGGUAUUCAGCAUCAAACUUAAAGUAUUUCCUGAAUACUAGGUGGGGUUUUUUUGAAUUUGUGAUUGUAUGCAAAUAUUAAAAAUGAAAUUUAAUAUUCAAGA